GCGUAGAAUAAAAAAAAUGGGAUUAUUUUAGAUUUCUAGGUUGUACGCGUACGCGAACAAGCCCUAGCUUACUCCAGCGGAUUCUCAGCUCUUCUCUCCAAAGGUUUGUUGAGAUGGCAGAUGCUCAAUACAUAGAUGGCAAACCAUGUGACGAAAAUUUUUCCUGUACAUCUCCAAAGCCGGAAACUCGAGCUGAAAUGCUUUCUAGGCACAGGAAGGAGAUAUCGCAGCUGCAGAACAAGGAAAUUGAGCUGAAAAAGGCAGCAGCAAAGGGUAGCAAGGCUGAACAGAAGGCUAAAAAGAAGCAGGUGGAGGAAGAGAUCUCUCGGCUCUCUGCUAAGCUUAAGGAAAAGCAUGCCGAAGAGCUUGCUUCCCUAGGCUACAGUAAUAGUAUCGGAAAUGAUAAAAGCAAUAUUGACAACUUGGUGAAGGCCAUAGCCGGGGUAUCUGUUACCACUCAGCAGGAUCAUCCAAAGACCAGCAAGGGUGCAAAGAGACGUGAGAAAAGAGCUGUGCAAGAAGCGGCUAGAGAACAACGAAUUCAAGAAGAGCAGAGCAACAUUAUGAGUGAUAGAAUGAUUGAAGAUGAGAAAUUGGAGAAAAAACUCGAACCCCUGGGAUUCACAUAUAAUGAAAUAAAGCCAGAUGGACACUGCCUCUACCGAGCUGUUGAAGAUCAAUUGGCGCUUCUGUCUGGAGGUUCUUCUCCUUAUACAUACCAAGAGCUACGGGAAAUGGCGGCUGCUUAUAUGAGGAAACAUGCAUCUGAUUUUCACCCCUUUUUCCUGUCAGAGAAUACCAUAGAUGGAGAUUCUGAUGAUUCACUAGUAGAGAGAUUCGAGAACUACUGUAAAGAGGUGGAGUCAACUGCUACAUGGGGAGGACAGUUAGAGCUUGGAGCUUUAACUCACUGCCUGAGAAAACAUAUCAUGAUAUUUUCAGGAUCGUUUCCUGAUGUGGAGAUGGGAAGGGAAUACAAAUCUGAUGGAGGGUCCACUUCAUCUAAUGCGACUAUCAGGCUGUCAUACCAUAGGCAUGCCUUUGGGCUUGGAGAGCACUAUAAUUCUGUCAUCCCAAAUUCAAUCGGAUAGUUAUAAUUUCGUGAUUUGUGAAAAGUUCCUUUCUAUGUGCAUGUUUUCACUAUAAUGUCUUGAGAGGGAACAAGAAAGUGUUGGGCACUAAAUUAAAUUUUGAAACUUAGUUUUGAUUGAAGCCGGUUGAUGCAUUAUUAUCUUA